GGCAAGAAGAAAAUUAAAGUUCAACUAAGCAAAAAUAAUUAGUACUAAGAUAGGAAAGUAAGAACUGAAUUAAGACAUAACAAUCAGAAGAAUACGAUUCUUUCACUGUUAAAACAAUCAAAUCUUCCAUACUCUUUACUUUCUUUACUAAAUUAAUCUUCUUCAACACAUCUUGAUAACUAAAUUUCCUAUUAAAAAUAAACACAUCCUCUUCAUUGUCUCUUUCAAACCCCCUCUUUGUCACUCUUCUUAUUAUUACCCCCACUCACUCAACAAAGGUUCUUCUUCUUCUUCUUUGUUCAUCACUAACAACCCAAAAAGCAGCAAAGAUAACCCAUUCCAUACAAAGGGUUUUCUCUGAUGAUGAAUAGCUUGAAUAUCAUAUAAUUUGGAGGAUUUGUGUCAUGGGGAAACAUGGGGUUGCUUUAAUUUUCAUCUUUUUCGUUUUAUUUGCUGGUUUCUCUUCAGUUGCAGCUGAAGCUCCUGUAAUAAUUGUGAGCAGAUUUGUGUCGACUGCACUAUCUCCACUUAUAAAAUGGUUAUGGUCACUAAAAUCUAGUAAUACCAAAGCAGCAAUUUCUGGUCGUUCAAUGGUGAAAUUUGAGAGUGGGUAUAAUGUAGAGACAGUUUUUGAUGGGAGUAAACUUGGGAUUGAGCCAUACUCAGUUGAAGUGUUGCCUACUGGAGAAGUUUUGGUUUUGGAUUCUGCUAGUAGUAAUCUUUAUAAGAUUUCACAACCAUUAUCUCGUUAUAGCAGGCCGAAGCUUAUAGCUGGUUCAGCUGAUGGAUAUUCAGGGCAUGUAGAUGGGAAGCCGAGAGAGGCAAGGAUGAGCAAUCCGAAAGGGCUUACAGUUGAUGAUAGAGGGAACAUUUACAUAGCUGACACUACAAACAUGGUAAUAAGGAAGAUCAGUGAUACAGGGGUUACAACAAUCGCCGGAGGGAAUUGGGGCAGAGGUGGAGGGCAUAUCGACGGGCCAAGCGAAGAUGCAAAAUUUUCAACUGAUUUUGAUGUGUUUUAUGUAGGAAGCAGUUGUUCCCUCCUGGUCAUAGACAGAGGUAACCAAGCAAUUCGAGAGAUACAGCUCCACGACGAUGAUUGCGCCAACGAAUAUGAAACUGACUUUCCCUUAGGAAUCGUGGUGCUAGCUGCAGCAGUAUUCUUUGGUUACAUGCUAGCAUUGCUUCAACGCCGAGUAGGUUCACUGUUCUAUUCCCAAAGAGACCCAGCAAGUUAUAGAAAUGCGAACUUUCCCGCCAGCCACUAUGAGAAAUCACUGAGACCAUCAUCAGUAAGGCCACCAUUGAUUCCUAAUGAAUAUGAAGAGAACCAAGAAGAAGGCUUCUUUGGUUCAGCGUGGAGGCUUGUCUCUAUCACAGGAGCAGUGAUCACUGAAAUUAUUGGAGGGGUGUUUAGUUUUAGAAAGAAGGCUGUUAACUUUCAACAAGAACAAUACUACUUCCAGCAAAAGCAAAACCUUCAGAACCAGUGGCCUUUGCAGGAAAGCUUUGUGAUACCUGAUGAAGACGAACCCCCACCUUCAUUAGAAGCGAGGACUCCAAGAAAAUCUUAUCCUUUUAUGUCCAAGGAUACAGAGAGAAGUUAUCCAUACCGUCAAAGCCGAGGUCAUCAGCACAGUGGAUGGAACAGUGAAUUUCAUCCACAGCAGCAUGAACAAUAUCAGCUUGAGCAGAAGCUGCAGCAUAAGCAGCAACAACAAAAACACCAUAGGCAUCAGCAUCAGCAACAGCAUUAUCCAUCAGGCCCACGGACAGUUUAUGAGCAGAGCAGUGAGACUACCAAGGAGAUUGUCUUUGGGGCAGUUCAGGAACAAAAUGAAAGGCAUGAGGCAGUUGUGAUAAAAGCUGUCGACUACGGAAAUCCUAUGUAUAAUCAUCAUAAUAUCCACUCGCGGAUAAAUUAUAUGACUUAUAAUAAUGGUUACUGAUAACUAAUGUUUAGUAUAUGAAAGCUAGGACAUAGCUUUGGUGUUGGUCAUUUCCAAUAUUUCGAUCCUCAAAAUCUUAGAUGUGAUAUAUGUAUUUUAAUUAGCCGUUUCUUCGAUUUCGUCCC